UGUUCCGGAGGCCUCGAGCAACGAGGAUCCCGAGAAAUGGCACACGAACGCGGGGCAGUUAGUCAUGCUUUCUUGAUCCAGGCCAGUUCUACGGUGGUGUCCAGGGUUGCUGAACGAUGCCAUAUCGAAAUAAAGGGUCGUACUAGUGCAAUCACCCGCGCUAUUCUUUCCUACCGCGAGUAUCUGCCACCAAGGAGCGCGAGGGAGAGGUGGCCAUAUCUCGUGCCGUCUGUGGAGUCAAGCCUGCAAGCUAGAGGCCAGGCUGCUUUUCUGUGAACAAGACAUUGGACAUUGGAGACUACGUGUCUUUGAGCUGCGCGAGAGGCACGAGUACGUACAACUGAACCCUGCUAAGCGCAGGGUGUAUUUGAAAUCGAAAUGGGUCGCUAUAAAAUGCCGCCAGCGCCGUCCUUUUCUGUGCAAGCACAAGAGGUGCUUGUCAAGUGACCUUGAGUAGGAUAGACUUCCAGAA